AUAUAAUUACCUUCACUGGUUGAUCGGUCCAUUUGCAAGCGGUAGAAACUCUACUUCUGCGGGCUGGACGGCAUGGCAUGAGCACAGGCUGAAUCGCAUGUCCGAUGGCCACAUACGAACUCUCAAUGGGUACCAUAAAAGUCUUGGGAGAGAACGCGUAUGACCUUCCCAAUUAUUCCUAGUCGGUGUGCCGUCUUUAUUGGAUGCAAGAUUGAUUGCACGGAGCGGUCUAGACGAAAGUCCACAAGCUUCAAAUAAGAGUAGCGCAUGUCGCAACAAAACUUGUUGGGACCUGUUUGUCUCUUUCUUGCAUAAAAAGUUGCUGACUGUCAAACGAAGUCACAAUGACUUUCAAAGGACUCUACAAUGUCUUUCUCGUAGUUGCCAGCUUCUCUAGCGUACAUGCCGCAACAGUCAACACCCCCAAAGUCAUCGAAAGAGAUGUCAUCAUCAUCGGCGGCGGAGCAGCCGGCUCCCACGCCGCUUUCCGACUCCAACAGGACUAUAAUAAGAGCAUCGUCUUGAUCGAAAAGGAGUCCAUCCUUGGCGGCCACGUAGACACCUACCUCGACACCUCCACCACCCCACCCACCCCCCGCGAAUACGGCGUCCAAGUCUACUUCCCCUACCUCGACGGCCUCGAUUUCAUCUCCCGCUUCAACCUGACUCUCCUCCCCGGCCUCGGCCCCCGGGGCUCCACCACCACCCGCAACAUCGACUUCUCCACCGGCCUCGAGCUACCCGCCAACUACACCGGCCCCGACCCCUCCAGCAUCACUUCAGCCAUCAUCCGCUUCCACGACCUCCUGGUCUCCCAAGGCUGGGACAAGAUGACCGAACCGGGGUUCUGGAACUUGCCUCCUGGUCCUCAAAUUCCCGAGGACUUACUCCUUCCCAUCGGCGAAUUCGCCAAGAAAUGGAACGUCACCGAAGCAUUACCGAGGAUGUACGAAUCCACAGGCGGCGGUCCGGCCUCUCGCCAUCGAAACUUCACUGAUACUUUGACUCUCACCUUUUUGCAGAGUUUCAGUCCAGCGUGGAUGAAAGUCCUCUAUGGUGAAGUAGGGAUGUACCAUAUCCAGGGCGGGAACCAGCUUCUUUAUGAGGCUAUUCACGCCCGUCUGGGAGCCGCCGAAAAUGUCCUCCUCAACUCACUCGUAUCGAGCGUCCGCCGCCCUGCAGACAACGCGGAUGACAAGAGAGACAUACAAGUUACUAUCACCACUCGCGUUUCCCCUCUAUCCAGGAAACCAACAACGACCACAACUACCAUAAUCCGCGCAAGGAACCUCCUCCUCGCCAUCCCCCCCACCCACGAAAACCUCGCCCCCUUCGAUCUUGAUUCUCUCGAAUCCAAUCUCUUCCGCCGCGCUAAAUACGGCCGCUACGGCACGGCCAUCGUCUCCUCCCCUAUUUUGCCAAGGGGUUACGAACUGCAUAAUACCCCUAUCCUAGCAGCCAUCGAUCCCAUCAACAAGCCGUUCAUCAACGAGCCGCAUGUCCUAGAGUUUGCUAGCUAUGGUAAUGACAGUGAUUUGUUUAGUAUUGGGACUAGUGGGAGCGGGUUGGGCUAUGGGGAAUUUGAUGAGCGGGAAGCAAUCAAAGUGGCGCAGGAGAGUUUGGAGCGCAUGGUUGAUGCUGGGACAGUCAAGGUACCUGAUGGAAACCUCAAGAAAGGAGGAGGAGAUCAAAAGUUGAAGGUGGAGGAGUAUUCGGAUCAUGGACCGGGUGGGUUUGGGGUUAGUGCCGAGGAGAUGAAGGGAGGGUGGAUGGAAAAGAUGUAUGGGUUGCAGGGAAGAAGGGGGACGUGGUAUACGGGGAAUGCGAUUGCGAUUGACUUUUCGACGCAGUUGUGGAAAAUGAAUGAUGAGGUUUUGAGGAGAAUGUUGGAGAGUUGGUGAUGAAUUGCUUUGUGGUUGGGUAAAAGGCGCUGAAGACAUAGCAGGAAUCGUGUUGUUCGUGCCUCUCUAACAUGGAGGUCUACAUCUGGAUAUUCACAGAAGCCAACACCUAUAACCUUGGAGCAGUGUCUCUCGAAUGUUUCUACAUCAAGAGCGCAGAGUUCCUGCAGAUCCAAACAAGUGGAUAUGAUGCCAAAGCAAU